AUAAAAUCAAUGCCUUCCAGAAUUUUCGCAAAUCCGUUUUGGUUUGGUGGCGAUCAGAAUAAAACGUUUUGCCACUCUUCUACCUGCGGUAGCUUUAUCUGCACCGCAGUCGAGGCAAAACUUUAUUCUGAUGCCCGUAGAGUUUGUGCACACCUGAACUGACCAUGAAUCGAUAUUUGCUCUUUGUGGGUUUAGCAGUUUUAUUCCUUCUUACUGGCCCGUUAAGAUCCCAUGGCAAAGAGGAUGACAUAGAUGAUGAGGAAGGUGCAAAUCCCAAAGUUCAGUCGAACGUGGGAAAAGGCAAGCAAGGCUCUCGGACCGACGAUGAAGUUGUUGCAAGAGAAGAAGAAGCAAUUAAAAUCGAUGGACUAAAUGUUGCUCAAAUGAAAGAAAUGCGGGAUCGGGCCGAAAAACAUGUCUUCCAGGCCGAAGUGGACCGAAUGAUGAAACUUAUUAUCAAUUCUUUGUACAAGAAUAAAGAGAUAUUCUUAAGAGAAUUGAUUUCCAAUGCCUCGGACGCUCUCGAUAAGAUUCGUAUAAUUUCGCUGACGGACAAGAGCGCAUUGGAUGCCACGCCCGAAUUGUCAGUGCGCGUGAAGGCGGAUAAGGAAAAUCAUGUCUUACACAUUACCGAUACCGGUGUAGGAAUGACUAAGGACGAGCUUAUUAAAAACUUGGGAACCAUCGCGCGAUCAGGAACAAACGAAUUCUUCCAAAAAUUGUCACAGAGUUCUGCUACGGAGGCUGGCGAACUCAUUGGACAAUUUGGGGUGGGCUUCUAUUCCGCAUUCCUUGUGGCGGAUCGAGUGGUUGUCACGUCGAAGAGUAACAGCGAUAAGCAGUACAUUUGGGAAUCCGACGCAGCCAGUUUCAGUAUUGCGGAAGAUCCUCGCGGUGAUUCUCUUAAACGUGGAACGACCGUCAGCCUGCACUUAAAGGAAGAAGCAUACGAUUUCCUGGAAGAGAACACUAUUAAGGAACUAGUCAAGAAGUAUAGCCAGUUUAUUAAUUUCCCCAUCCAUCUGUGGGGCAGCAAGACUGAAACCGUAGAAGAACCGGCAGAAGACGAUGAAUCUUCAACCACGGAGGCCCCAAAGACGGAGGAGGACGAAGAAGCAAAGGUUGAAGAGGCACCAAAAGACGACGAUAAAAAGAAGACAAAAAAAGUUGAGAAGACUAUCUGGGAUUGGAUCCUCAUGAAUGAGCUUAAACCUAUCUGGACAAGGAAACCGGCAGAUGUCAGCGAUAAAGAGUAUUUUGAAUUCUACAAAUCGUUUACUAAGGAUUACGAAGAGCCAAUGGCAAAAAUCCACUUCACCGCUGAAGGCGAGGUUUCCUUCAAGUCUAUUUUAUAUAUUCCGAAAAAGGCGCCCACUGAUGCAUUCCAGAAGUACGGUACCAAGACUGAAAAUAUUAAGUUGUACGUUCGUCGCGUAUUCAUUACCGAUGAUCUCCAAGAUAUCAUUCCCAAAUACCUGAAUUUCAUUCGUGGCGUUGUUGAUUCGGAUGACCUUCCACUGAACGUUUCACGUGAAACUCUACAACAGAACAAAUUGAUUAAACUGAUCAGGAAGAAGAUUGUUAGGAAAGUUCUAGAUAUGAUUAAGAAGCUCGAAAAGGAGGAUGCGGAAAAAUUCUGGACCGAAUACAGCACAAAUCUUAAAUUAGGUGUGAUCGAAGAUUCUGCUAACCGCAGCCGCUUGGCAAAAUUGCUCAAAUUCCAGUCUUCAAACGGUUCGGAACUUGUUCAGCUGCCGGAAUAUGUUACUCGUAUGAAACCCAAACAAGAACACAUUUAUUACAUGGCUGCUGCUUCUCGCGUUGAAGCAGAAAAAUCCCCUUUUGUUGAAAGAUUGCUGCAGCGAGGUUAUGAGGUCUUAUAUCUGACUGACCCGGUGGAUGAAUACUGCAUGCAGUCUCUACCUGAAUUUGAAGGAAAGAAAUUCCAGAACGCUGCGAAAGAGGGUUUGAAUUUGGGCGAUUCGGAUAAAGCCGAGAAACGCGUUGAAGAGUUAACGAAACAGUUUGAGCCACUUACAAACUGGCUGCAAGAUAAGGUCUUGAAGGAAAAGAUUGACAAAGCUACCAUCUCGCAACGGUUGACCCAGUCGCCAUGCGCGCUGGUGGCCAAGUCAUACGGAUGGACAGGAAAUAUGGAAAGAAUUAUGCGCGCUCAGGCUUAUGCUAAAUCUAAGGAUCCUAUGCAAGAAUUUUAUGCCACUCAAAAACGCACAAUGGAGAUCAAUCCAGGUCAUCCCAUUAUUAAAGAUAUGCUGCGGCGAGUCGAGGAAAACGAAGAUGACGAUAUUGCCAAAGACCUCGCAGUAGUCUUAUAUGAAACUUCGGCAAUCCGAUCGGGUUUCCAAGUGCCUGAUACUGCUGGAUACUUUGACCGCGUAGAAAAGAUGCUGAGACUGGGUUUGAAUAUUUCUCCUGAAGAGAAAAUAGAAGAGUUCGAAGAAUUUUCCUCUGACAGCACUGACGCUGAUAGUCCGGCGAAGGAUGCUGAUGAGGACAAAGAAGUCGAAGAAGAUGCAGAGUCGCCAGUUAAAGAUGAGCUCUGAUCGAGUUUUUUAUUGUUGUGAAUCGGACUCCGUAUCCGUUUCGUGAUGCACCCUUGGUUUUGUGAAAGCCAUUCUCAUUUCUCUUUCCGUUGUUUUUUUAUUUAUCACGCAUUGUAUAUCGUCAGAUUCGUGCAUAUAGAUUGUUGCUGAUACAGGUGUUGUUUUCUCUAAAAUUUUAAUGUAGAUAAGGUGACUUGCCAGUGAAAUAAGUACAUGCAAUAAUUAUGGUGCCUCAAAACAAAAACUUCAUUCAUAGCAACA